UAACUAGCGUGAAUCCUGAGACCAUUCGUGGCUUCGACGUCUACCUAAUUCGAUGACUCAUGUAUGGUCAUCGUAGUACUCCGACCAUAUAAAGGACAUCUGUUGGACUUUUCGACAUUUAACAAAAGCAAUCAACAUACAUCGCCAUAUACAAAUAUCACUCCGUCACGGGAAACCCAACAUGCCAGACCCAAAUUUCCACAUCACCACACCGCGACUCUAUCUCUCCUACGCCGAUCCCUCAAAUGAAGCCCACAUCGACUUCUCCCUGGAACUCAUAAACAGCGCACCUGCACUCCGUUUUCAAGGCUCCACGGAAUCCAGCGCCGCAGACCGCGACGCCGCGCGAAAACGUAUCGCCGACACAAUGCUCAGCUUGAAAAAUAAAGGUUUCGGCCGCUACUUCGUUUGGCUGCGUCCCGAAAACGACGACAAUACGACAACCCCAUUUUUCUCGCGCACCCUCGAACCCAUCGGAUCCGUAGGCCUGCAACUCGCCCGCCUCGACGGCAUCAAAGCACCAGCCAUCCCGGACGUCGGGUUUAUCUUCGUGGAAAAGCAUCAUGGCAAAGGAUAUGCGACGGAGGCUGUACGUGCGCUGAUGAAGUAUUAUGAAGAGGAGAAGGGGGUAAGUGCGUUCUCAGGAUUUACGAAGGAGGAUAAUGAGGGGGCGAGGGGGUUAUUUCGGAGGCUGGGGUUUAGGAAUCAUGGGGUGCGUAGGGUGAGUGGGAUUAUGUGGUCUGGGGAAGAUGUUGAGGUAGAUACGUGGACGUGGGGAUUAAAAGAGGGGCAGGGGUUGGAGGAGUUAGGAAUUUGAUGGGAGGUGUUGUAGCUGGUAAUCUGUGGCUGGUACCUUUCUUUUUCGGGAUAUGAGCAAAAGGGUGAUAGAUGUACAGUCAUUGUUGUAAGAGUGGGAGUUUUGUUGCUGUGUUUGUUGUGCACAUCCAUUUUGUUGUUGUGGUU